GCUCAAGUUGGCAGCCAGCAAGACCUGCUGCUCUGUGUCUCUUCCUGUUGCUCAAAGGGAAGAAGCCGCUGGAGCUUAGAAGAAAGCAUGGGUGGCUGCCAGCAUCUCCUCAUUGUGAUGGCCCUUGCACUGAUCGUCAGAGGGAUUGUUGUCAUCGCUGGGAACUCUGGCCAAGGUGUUUCCAUCCAGGUGAAGCAUGAAAAGAACCGUGUCUUCCUGCACUGCAAGGUGGAAAAGGACCGCUCAGUGCUGGGCUGGAGCAAAGAUGGCAGCAACAUCGGCGGUGCAAAUACCAGCAAGCUGCUUGUGGGCUUGGCCACGGAGGACCCCAGAGGCCUCUACCAGUGCCGCUCCACGGAGGGCAAUGCAUCCCUGCAGCUGUACUUUCGAAUGUGCCAGUAUUGCGUCCAGCUGAACGUGGCCACAGUGCUGGGGAUUGUGGUGGCCGACUUCAUUGCCACGGCGGCCCUUAUGGGGGCAGUGUGGUGUCUUGCUGCACAGGAGCCGGGCCAGCCCUCUAGAGCUUCUGACAAGCAGGCGCUGUUGGCCUCCGACCAGCUCUACCAGCCUCUUGGAGAGCGCCACAAUGGGCAGUACAGCCACAUUGGAGUGGCCAAGGCCCGCCGCCGAUGAGAAUGAGAAGGGAUCGCUGCUGGCCUGCCGAGGAGCGCCUGGCUCAGAGUGGCCGCACUUGACAUCUGGCUGCCGCUGACCGUCCUUCCUUUGGGAAGGGGGGGCUGCUGGGGAGCAGGAGGUUUCAAGCCACAGCCGUCCGUCCGUCAGAGGAGCCGGCUCCAUUUCCCAUCGCCCCGCAGAAGCAGCUGGCCCUUCUGGCUUCGCAGAGCCAAGCAGCUGCCGGCUGAGUGUUGCUGGUCCAGGCCUGGAUUUGAGCUUCCCUGUCUCUAAAGAAGAGGAACGGGAGAUGCUUGCUUGUUCCUUCCACUUUGUCCAACAAGGGAGUGGCUGGUCUUUGGGAAGAGGACUGCGAAGUCUUGUGGACUGUCUUUGAACAUGUGGUGUGGUUUCUGCAAGGGGAGGUGCCUUUCAGGUAAAAAUGGACCCCCAGUACCAACAUUCCCGGUUUAAUGACUGGGGGCUCCAUUGCAGAAUAGGGCAAAGAAUCUUGAACCCAGGGCCUGGUCUUCACUUACAUUGGUGGAGGGCUGACUUGAAAGAACUGCAGCCGCUCCCACCCCCACCCAGCUGUCUUUGCAGCGCCCCCCCCCCCCCAGCUCCUCAAUAAACGCUUUGCUGGCUUGAUUUCA